AUGGCUCGUGCGACUGGGUUUGAGCAUCACGAAGGUGGAGAAACGCACGCGCAGGAAGCUGCUCAAGGCGAGAUCCGUGAUGUGAGACCCGUGCUGUCCCCGAAACCGUCGCUACAGUACUGUUGCUCGAUACGUGUGCCCCUGAGGAGAAGACUGCAGACUCUUGCGGUCACUUGGCACAUCUCUUCCUUCGUGCUGUUCAUAGUAGUCACGCUGUACCUUAUUUCGGUACAGCGUGUGUGGCCCAUUUUGAUUCCGUAUGCGGUGUACUAUUUCGUGGAUAGGACGCCAGCUAAUGGCCGUGUAAGGGAUAGGUUCUCGCCCUGGUUCAGGUCGCUGCCUCUCUGGAGGUACAUCUGCGAGUACUUCCCCAUCACAAUACACAAGACGGCAGAUCUGCCGCCCACUUUCGAGUGGGACGGUACAUAUAAGAGAAACUGGUUCUGGUUUGGAAUGAAACAGAAACAGAUGGUCCGCACAGGACCCAGGUACAUAUUCGGGUAUCACCCUCACGGUGUCGGGGCCAUUGGCGCGUUCGGUACUUUUGCAACGGAAGGUUGUGGCUGGUCACGGUUGUUCCCGGGUAUUUGCACAUCGCUGUUGACCUUAGUCACACAGUUCCAUAUCCCCUUCUACAGGGAUUACCUCCUCGCGCUCGGGAUAUGCUCUGUCUCGCGGAAGAACGCUUUGAAAGUGCUCGCGGACGGCCAAUCUAUCUGCAUCGUCGUGGGGGGGGUCCGAGAGUCCCUCCUUGGGUCCGACGACGCAUUUGAGCUCAUCCUUAACAAGAGGAAGGGGUUCAUCAAGCUUGCUCUGGAGACGGGCAACGCGAGUCUCGUCCCCGUGUUCGCGUUCGGAGAGACGGACUGUUUCAAAAUGUACGAAACAGAGGAAGGUUCCAUCCUACACAAGUUCCAAUUCUGGAUUAAAAAAUAUUUCGGGUUCUCAGUCCCCAUUUUCUUCGCGAGGGGACUGUUCAACUACGAUUUUGGAUUAGUGCCCUUCAGAACCCCACUGGAUAUUGUCAUUGGUAAACCUAUCCACAUCAGAGAAAGAUACGUCCAACCAAACCCGGAACUCAUCGACCAUUACCAUGCCCUGUACGUGGAGAGUCUCAAGAAAAUGUACUAUGAACACAGAGCCAAAUUCGGUUGCGAGAAUACAGAAUUACAUAUUGUGGGUUGA